UACUUUAUAAUAUUUUAAUGCCUUUCGUGCAAUUACGUAAUUCAGUAAUUGCGUUAUACACUGACAAGAUGAUAAAAGAAUCAUUCAAGACUUAAAUCUUAAAACAAUGAUUUCCGGAAAACUAGAGUCUUUAAAUACAUUAAUGAAUUCGUGCAAAGCACAGUAACAUGAUCUUCAAACAAACAUAUGAAGUAAAGCCAGUAAAACAUUUAUGCAAUUAUUUAUAUUUCCGGCAGAAGACAAGGUGUUCAUUAGUUACUUUAGAGGUAGAAAGAGAUAGAACAGUGUUAGUUUGGACUUUGACUUGUUGGAAAGAGUCAACGGAAAAAAAUACUUCAGUUUGAAAAAUAAACACAAAAAAAACACGAAAACUGUGUGGUGUAGUAAACGGUCGAAUAAUAAAUUUAAUCAGAAUAGGUGACCAUUUUGAAAAACAUCAAAGUUUUAUAUCUUCAGUAUCGACAUUUGCAUAAUCGAUUUAUGAGUUGGAAAAAACUGGUGAAAUCAAAUUAUACUAUUAAAAGUUUCCGAAUGGCGAUUCAAAUAUAAACUGUGAUCAUUUAUAGAGUCAACACGAUGACUGCUAAUGAGCGCCUGGCGAUUGAUACAAAAAGUAAACUGAAUCCUUCGAAAAUCUCCAGACAGCAACGGAAACAGUAACGAUGGACAAUGCCACUUCAGGCGACAUGGAUUCAAAUACGACGUCGGAUAACUUCGGACCUUUGCUCUUUGUAUUGAAUUACUCUACUUUGUUUGUAAGCAUUGUUAUUAUUUUCUGUGAAAUUGCUGCCGUGUUCAUACUUCAAAGAUGCAAACGGAUGCUACCCUCUAGUCGUAUUUUAUCUACGAGUUUUAUUCUCAGUGAUGCAGCAGGUGCUUUUUUAUUUGCGAUUCACCAGAUCUUAAUAUUAGUUUGCGGGAUAAACAAUGACGUCACUCACAACUCUAGAAUCCUAGCGGUAGGCACAAUGUUGACAGUUUCAUGGGCGUCUGUGGCUUCUAUGUCACUAGAGAGAGUCAUUGCACUAAAAGUAAAUAUAAAAUAUAAUAUAAAUGCUUCAAAACUGAAAAUCUACUUACUAGUAUCGUUCAUAUGGAUGGCUAAUGUUCUUAUCGUGACAGUAGCUUUUCUGUUGGGUUUUCAGCAUCAUUGCAGUUCGGCACUUGGCAUUUGCGACCUGUGGAAAGCAAGCAAAGCUGGCCGCUUUGCUAUGAUGAGUCUCCUGAUUUUCUAUGAGAUCAUCCUUGUCGUUUCGUAUGUGAUUAUACACAAUAUUGCAUCGCGACAUGAGAAGAACAUUCUUGCCCCAAAAAGAACGUUUGGACAAAGUAAGAGCAACCCAGAAACACUGACUCAACGUCAAUAUGCGGCUACAGUAACUAUCCUAAAAAUUGUUUUGGCUUUCAUGCUCCUACAUGCACCAAUUGUCAUUCACCUAUUUGUAUUUGAAAGUCAAGUUAGCUUGCGAAACGAAACACUACGACGUAUAUUUCAUGCCCUCAGUUAUUUAUGUAUCCAGAUUAACUCUUUUGUAAGUGUUCAUUUAUAUGUAGCAAAAUUUGAUGAAUGUAAACUGUAUUUUUAUCUCACGUUGUCACGCAUUUUUAAGAACUAUGGAGAUCAAGCUGAAGAAUUGCGCGUUAAGGUUUAUGACAUUGUUUUGUCAACAAAGACCGAACAGGUGAGAAUGCAAUCACAAUUACCUGAAGUAUCUGUGUGCACUUCUGUAAAUGAUGUGUCUACUACCGUUUCCUAGAACUAUCACAAUCAUGUAAUUGGGAGGACGGAUAGUUCAGUGGUUUGCACACUGGCUUUCCAAUCCUGAGGUCGGGGGUUCGAUCCCCGGCAGCUACUCGGGAAUUUUCAGAAACGCUCAGUGUUUCCCACCCAACUAGAGGUGUACUGGUCAGGAACCCAGGCAAUCCUUGCGUGUAUCAGUGCUAUGCACUGGGUACGUUAAAGAACCAGGCUGUCUAUUCGAAAUGAGCUAGGCUAAGUUAGCCGGACAAGCCUGUAUCUGAUUUCUGAUCUCUCUGUCGUGGGGGCUUUGUCUCACUCUGUCCCUCUGGUCAGAUCGCUCUGUGUCUGUACUAGUAGAGGAUGAAUUAUGCGCCCUGUAUGGCUGCAUUUGAACUAUAUAAAGCGCCUUUGAACGUGAAAUUGAUCAUGAAAAGGGCGCUAUAUAAAUCUGGUAUAAGAAAAAGAAGAAGAUGUAAUACCUACAGCGAUGCUUGAUCACUCAGUUUUAACUAGAAUAUUAAUAGUAGCAUAUGAUGUCACGGAAAGUGACUGUGAUGUCUACAGUCAAAAUGAAAAUGUUCCACCUCAAUAUGAUACAGGAAAUACACCAGAGGAUCUUUUGCAAGGUGCAGAUAUUGUUAAUACUCUAGUAUACAACUGUUUUUAAUUUGGAGUCUAGUUUACAAGAUCAAGCCAAUAUUGAUGAAGCAUAUAUAAAUCGUUCUAAUAUAAUCAGAGAAUGGUUUCAGAAUUACUUUUAAAACAGAAUUCGUAUAUAAAUUGUACACAGUCCUCAUUAUUCAAUAAGAAAAGAAAAAUUGUUAAACCUUGGCGGAACGAAAGACAGUCCAUAAAAUGGGAAAAUGUUUGUAAUUGUUAAGUAAAGUACAUGGCAUAUACAAAUGUUGUAACGAAGAAAAAAAAUUUUUUUUCUUGUCGGAAAGAUUUUAAUGGGUUUGUCCAGAAGUCAAAAUACUAUACUGGUCUAAUGUGCAUAAAAGAUCUAUUACAUAAUGAUAAAACAGACCCAGAUGAAUUAUGGAAAUCUGUUGGUGAGGUUGGUGUUGGAAGAAAGAUAAAAAAUAAUAUACCUAUGGAAAUCCUGUCUGACAAUUGAAAUAUUGUUACAGAUACUAGUGCAGUUUUAGAUAAGUGGAAAUCAAGUUGUGGAGCUUUGUAUAAUAGGCAGUCUUUUGCUGAUACAUCUAUUGAUAUGAACCAUGAAAUCGCAUACAUAUUUAUAUUUCAAAGUUUGAUAUGCACUCUUGAAAUUAUUUAUGACUUGUAAUAAGUACUUCUCUAAAUAGGAGGAAAGAAGGUAUCAUUCAUGUUUAAAUAAAACAGAUGUAAUACUAUAAUACUAUUGCGGCAAAACAUAGGACAGUUAGUGUGCUACCAUAUUAAUUUUGUGUUUACAAUAUCAACAUGUUUCAUGUAUACUGAAUAUAAAUUUGAGAUAUCAUUAUUUCUAAACGCUGUGCGCGAGAUGGCAAAUUAUCGUUAGGCCUAGGUUUAACCUACUGUCUUAAACCUGAAAAAUUUACUUAUUUAAACGAUUCUUUUAAUGAAUUUAAAAGUACACCGACACAUUUAAGCCAUAUUGUGAUUUUACGACUUUUAGGCGGUGGAUGAAGGCAAAAGGUGCCCCUUUGGACAUUAUUUCAGACACUGUAAGGCACCUAGGUAGAACAGAUGACCUUCCUCAAGCUAGCCAGACAGCUUCCUCGGAUAAAAGGGUUGGGAUUUCGAAUACCAAACAGUGAGGGGCAAAUGAUUCGAUGUCAGCAACCUUAACCACUCGAAAACAGCAAUCCCUAGAUUUCAAAAUUAAUUUUAUUGAAUAUUCUGGACCUGUGUUUAAGCUGAAUUUAACAGCGGCUGUAGUAUUUUGCAUAAUCAUUUGCAACCAAGUGAAAUCCGCAAUUGCUAGGAAGAGAAUUUGUGUACCAGAAUUGUGAUUACUACGUUACCAGUAACCUCGAUAGUUGGAUAUUCCGACCUGCACCUACAAACAACAUUGAUAGAAUAUUCUUCAACAAAUAUAAGUUAAAAUAAAAGUAAACAAAUGACUUUCUUCCGGCACUUUUUUCUU